CACUAAGUUGUACAGUCACGUAAACAAGAAAAGAGAAGUCGUAAAACAACUGUUCGCUGGUUUUCUAUCAGAUGUAAAAUGGACGGGCGGCAGUGUUGUUGCGCGUUCGUUGCCGCGUGACGUUUAUUCGUAAAUCGAUGUUUAUUUUGCUGAAAUCUGUUCGCGUAAACGAUUUUCAAGUUAGUUUCGCCGACUGUUCCGGUGUCGGCGCGCUCCGUAGUGCUAUUCAGUGCAAGUGUUACAGUUUGACGUUAGGCGCUCACUUGUGUGAUUUCGUCUGAUAGUUGAUAGCUCACUCACCGGCUGGGUGCGCGUAAACUACCUUACAUACGUGUUGGUUAAAAAAAUCGAAUGAAAGUGUGGGUGUUUUACAGUAUCCCGAGUGAGCCAUGCUGUGCAUUGUGACUUAGUGGACCCUGACCGCCGGCACCAUGUCUGGUCGCUCAGACUGCAGGAAGUUUGCGCCGAACAUCUUCAACAAGAGCAAAUGCACUAAUUGCUUUCGGCAGAAGGAGGAGCACAGUGCGGAGGCAUUGGAGUCUAAUCGGGCAAGCCGAAAGAUAUCUAAAUGCGGCUAUCUGUUCGUGGCCCCCGGCUGGGACUUCUCCAACCCGCUCUACAGAACAAAGCGAUGGCAGCGGCGCUGGUUCGUACUGUACGACGAUGGAGAGCUGACCUACUCGUUGGAUGAACACCCAGACACGGUCCCGCAGGCCAGCAUCGACAUGACGCAGGUGCUGGAGGUGAGCGAGGCGGACGGGGUGACGGGGCACGCGCACAGCCUCGCGGUCACAGGCCCGGAGCGCGUCACCUUCGUCAAGGGAACCUGUCGCGAGGAGGCGCGCUGGUGGGCCGACGUGCUCAGCGUCUACCCGAGGAGCAAGGGUCGACACAAACGAAACGCGACGUUCCCCGGAGGUCAGACUGCCAGUUUGCUAUCAUCUUCUACCGCCAGAAAGUACUCAGCGGACGCGUGCACGCUCCGCGACGCGGCGGACGGCCCGCGGCGCUACGGCACCACCACGUGGCCCGGCCCGCGCGUGCAGCCGCCGCAGCCCGAGAUCCCCACGCUGUCCGCGCCGCCGCCCAUCGAUACUAAAGUGUACACGGACCAGCCGGUGUCGUCCGCGUCGCCGCCGACCCGCGACAAGAUCAACGGCGAGGAGAAGGCGCGCUCGCGGCGCCGCGACACCUGGGCCGAGCCCUCCACGCCCUCCAACGACGAUGCAAGCGUCCGCUCCCCGCUGCUGCAGCAGCAGCACCAGCAGUACGACGAGCAGCUGCGCGACAUCGCGGCGUCGCUCACCCGGCCCCGGUCGCGCCGCGCGCUGCCGCCCGCCCUCGAGCGGCCCACGAGGCUGCCGCCGCCUGAUCGACUACCGCCCCGCGGCACUCCAGACGGCGGCGUCCCCCCAGAAGAGGGCAGCUCCAGCUCAGCGAGCGAGGGCAGCGAGCCGGCAGACAUCGCGGAGAACCAAGAACCUAACGAAGGGGGCCGAGUGGAGCUCCCAGCGGAGCGCCUGCUGCACGCGCGCGCCGGCUGGCUGCAGCGCCGCGGCCCCGGCGGCUGGUCGCGCCACUGGUUCGUGCUACGCGGCGCCGCGCUGCUCUACUUCAGGGACCCCCACGCUGAGCACAGGGGCCUGAUGGACGGAGUCAUCGAUCUGAGCGGAGUGGCCAGAGUGGUGGAGUUGCCUACGUCAGCGUCGACCAAUGGAUAUGCUUUUGAGACUGAGACUUGGGAUGGUAAACACAUAGUUCUGUCUGCGGUGACGGCAGGCAUCCGGGCGAACUGGGUGUCGGCUAUCAGAAGAACGGCGGGUCUACCGGACACGGCGCCACUGUCGCUCAUACUGCGGGAAGACAACAUAGACCAGGCAUCAGAGUCAUCCACCUCGCCCGUCACACCAGUCACGCCCAUCACGAGUCGAUCUGCGCCCUUCUCUUCGGACGAGGAAUACAGGACGGCGUCGGAGGGCGGGCGGCGAGACAGCGCGGACUGGGGCGACGUGGCGCCGCAGCCGCCGCCCUCGCCCAUCCUCAGUCGAACACCCAUAUCCAAAGUAAAGGAAAAAGUCCGGGCCAGAGGCUGCCACCAAAUACCCCCGCGAAGUGAUACGCCGAAAGGUGACAAAGACGAAAUUGACGCAACCAAAGAAAAAGAACGUCCCACUGAGGACGUCGACGAAAACGAGAAACAAAGCGAGCCGCGCAAGCGCAGCUACAUAUCGACUAUCGACAAACAGUACAUCGAAAUUGAAGAUCUGAGAAAGCAGUUGCAACAAGCCCUGACUGAAGUGACUGCUGCUGAAUCUGAGCUAGCUCGACUAAGAAAACUCAAAUCCGAAGCCGCAUUACGAGAAAAGAAAAUGGAGGAGUUAGUCAUAACGUUACAGAAGAAGGAAGAAGAACUGUCGCUGAGGACGAAAGAAGCUGAGAACAUAGAUGCGAUAAAGCAAAUGUACAACCAGGACAAGACGCUAUGGGAGAACAAGCUGACUGAAACGCAAAACUUCCUGAAAGAGUCGACGGAGCAUUGCGAGCAUCUGACGAGACAGCUGACGACCGCGCAGGAGACCGUCAAGCAACUGCAGCGAGAGCUCAACGAACUCAACGACAAACUGAUGAAGAGCGUGCAAGAAAACGACAACUUGUACUCUAGAAUCCGAGAGCUCGAAAGUCGAAUCGUCGCCGAAUCUCCAUCGAAGGAAAAGAGAAAAAGCAUCGGCUCUCUCAGUGACCUCAGUAAUUUGAACAACGACCUGGAGUUUGAAUCUUUAGAUAAAGAUCAACUGAUCGAAGAAUAUUGCGAACUCAGAAAUAGAUUCCUAAUGGCUAUUCAAGAAAUAAAAUGUAUGAAAAAGGAACUACGGGAAUCAAAUAACAUGUACGAUGAACUAGAAGUUACGAAUUUGAAGUUAAGAAAUGAAAUGAAGCUGAGAGAGCAAUGCAGCAGGUCGGAGAUCGAUCUGAUGGCGGCGCGCAUUCUAGACCUUACACAGAAACUGACGGCUUCGGACAAACAAGUCAGAACGUUAAAACAUAAAAUUCAAAAGACGGAGUCACGGGAAAAGCGCCGCAGUUUGUCAUUGAAGGGACGAGAGUCGUUCUCACUCGGCAAAGAAGUGGAGGAGAAGCUCACCGAACUAGAAAGCAAAAUAUCGAUGCUAGAAGCUGGAGAUCCCGCCCCCACUAUCAACGCUCCGUCGUCCAAGAGUUCGUCGCCUGCCAAAGAAAAAGUAACCAAAUCAGACAGCACGUCGGAGGAGAAGCGCAUGAAGCGGCUGGCGGCGCGGCUGCGGAGGAAGUCGCUGGACAGCGCCACCAGCGCCGAGCCCAUGAAGAUGCUGGUGCGGCUCACGUCGCUCGAGACCAAGGUGGCCUCCGCGCUCGGGCAGCGGCGCGACCUGGCCGCGUCCUGCGAGGCGCUGGCCCCCGCCCCCGCCGCCCCCGCGCCCCCCGCCCCCGCGCCCUGCGGCACCGCGGCGCAGCGACACCUGCUGGACCGCCUGCAGAGCCUCGAGGCCGUGGUCAUCCACUCGCGCGAGAAGGUCAACGAGUGCCUCUGCCAGAUGUCGGCCGUGCGCGCCGCCAAGUCGCGCCGCUCGCCCUCGCCGCUCGACAAGAAGUACAGCCUCAAGUCCAUGGAGAAGUGUCUCGCGGACGUCAGCCGGCGCCUGCAGGAGUGCUUCGACAAGUGCGUGGUGGAGGGCGAGGGCGAGGGCGGGGGCGGGGACUCGGGCUCGGGCGGGGAGGGCGAGGGCGGGGCGGACGACGCCGUGACGCAGGUGGUGGAGCAGCUGGAGGCGCAGCUGCGCGGCAAGCUGCUGGACGUGUCGCGCCGCAAGGCCGCGCUGCUGGACGCGGGCGAGCUGACCCCGCGCCGCGAGCUGGAGUUGCUGGCCGAGAAGCUGGCCUACGAGGCCGUGCUGGUGGCGCGCAUCCAGGAGGCCCUCGACUCCUCCAGCGGGAGCAGGUUCUUCGCGAGUUUAAUAAAGUCUGAAAUACAAGAAACUAGUCAACUAAUCGAUAACCUACACUGUAAGAUAAACGGCGAGUGCGGGCGAGCGGGCGCGACGUCGCGCAGCUCGCUGGAGCACCUGGCGCGCAUCCUGGCGCGCAAGAUAGACGUGGGGGGCGGCGCGGCGGGCGCGGGGGAGGCGCGCGCGGGGGGGCUGGCGCUGCGCGCGGGCGAGCUGGACGCGCUGCGGGCCGCCCAGCGCGCCGCUGCCGCCGCCGUGGAGCGGUUCAAGACGGACACGCUGGGCGAGCUGGCGGCGGCGCUGGCGGGCGAGGCGCCCCCGCGGGCGGUGCCGGCUGAGUGCGGCGCGCGCGUGCGCCAGGCGUGGGCCGCGGCGCGCGACGCGCUGGGCGCCGAGCUGGUGCGCGCCGAGGUGGCCCGCGCGCUGGCCCGCGCCGCCGCGCUGGGCGAGCGCUCGCUGGACGCCGCGCGCCGCGCCCGCCUCACGCUCACGGCGCAGGCCCGCGCCGACCUGGAGCUGUGGUGGCGCGCGGCGCACGACCACCUGCGCUGCGAGCUGGAGGCGGCGGCGCGCGACGCGGCGGCGCGCGUGCCCCCCGCCGCGCCCGGCCCCGCGCCCGCCCCCGCGCGGCCCUCGCGCGAGCUGCUGCAGCGGCUGGCGGACGUGCUGGCGCACAAGGCGCUGGUGGACGCGCGCGUGGCCGUGCUGGAGGGCUCGUACCGCGCCGCCCCCGCGCCCCCCGGCCCGCCCGCGCCCGCCGACGCGCUGUCCUCGCUGGACUCCGACCCGGCCGCCGAGGCCGAGUUCGUCUACUUGUUCCAGCACUUCUCGACCGAGUGCCGCGCGCUCUUCUCCAGUGACUGUUCCGGUAACAGUGAAGACUCGAUGAAGAUGGGCGCGGGGCUGGCGCGCGCGGAGGCGGCGGUGGCGGCGCUAGAGCGCGCGCUGCACGCCCGCGCCGGCGCGCCCGAGCCCGGGCCGGGGGGAGCGGCGCCCGGCGCUGGCAGCAUCUUCGACCGCGUCGAAGCGCUGCGGGCGCGGGUGGAGGCGCUGCUGCCGCUGGCGCCGUGCGCUGCGUGCCGGCAGCUGCAGGAGCAGCUGGAGCGGCUGCAGGGCGAGCGCGCGCGCGGGGAGUCGGCGGCGGCGCAGCAGGCGGCGGCGCUGGCGGCGGCGCGGCGGGCGCGCGCGCAGCUCACGGCGCAGCACGAGCGCGAGCGCGCGCAGCUGCGGGACCGCGCGCGCCGCCUGGAGCGCCGCCUCGCCGCGCUCGACUCCGAGUACUCCGCGCAACUCGAUAGCUUGCGAGCUGCUUAUCAGGCGCACUGCCCGCAGAGCGCGGCCCCCGACGCGCACGGCGACGGGCUGCGCGCGCGGUACCAGCAGGAGAUCGAGCAGCUGCGCGGGCUGUGCGAGAAGGGGCUGCUGGCCAUGGAGUCCUCGCAUCGCAGGAUCGUGCGGGAGAUGGAGGAGAAGCAUCGGGCUGAGCGGGAGCAGUUGAGGCUAGACAAAGAGCAAGCGCUCGCAGAAGAGACGCGCGCAACACUCGCAGCCCUAGAUGCUAUGCGGAAGGCGCAUGAGAGUGAAGUGAGGAGGGAAGUGGACAAGUUCAAGGCAGAGUUCCUUAGCCGAGGCGCUUCAGCCCCCGACCUGAGCCAGCUCAGUACUAGGCACCAACAAGAGAUGGAAGAGAUAAAGCGCGAGAUCCUGUCCCUCUCCGAGAAGUAUUCCAUCAAGUGCGUCGAGUCAGCUGCUUUAGAAGAACGACUCCAGGGAGCCACCACGCAGCUGGCGCACGCACAGCAUCGCAUCAUGCAGCUCGACUGCAGGAACAAGCAACUGAGAGCGCACCUCAUAUCGGAGGCUAACGACAUGAAGAGCUGCGAGCCGUCCACCCUGUCGCAGCUUAUCGAAGAGAACGGACCGCAUGGGCGGGCGGAGGCGCCGCUGUGGCAGCAUCUGAGGCAGCUGGCGGCGGCGUGGCAGCGAGACGAAAAUGUUGAAGGCGAAGUCCCGCUCGAGUCCCCUAUUGGAGGCCCCGAGGCCGGCGCGCGCCAACAUCCAGUAUGCCAAGACGGAAACCACCAGAAACCUGCAGUUGUCCCCCGUACAGAAUUAAAACAAUCGCGAGCAACGUUGGACGUGACGCGGCGCUGUUCCCUCGUGGGGAUGGUGGCCGAGAGGAAGAAACUGUUCGAGCUAUGAAACCUUCAUACUGCAAGCAACACGCACGACCUCCGCGCGACAACCAUAGACAAACGAGAAAGACAAUAUAGAGGCACAUAGAGGCUCAUAAAGGAGGUUGUCAACACGUCGUGCGUGUUGCUUUCUUUUUAAUUUAUAAAAUGUUGGACCCACCACGCAAGCACCUGGCCACUUUGCUAAAACCCUAAGUUUAUUUACGAAAUAUUUAUCAGUUAGUUUAAAUAUUAUAGUAAGAAUGUUGUUUGUUUGCUUAUCGCGUAUACAUAUGUACGUACGGUAGACAUGGCAUUUUAUUAUUUAAAUAUUCAUUAUAAUAUAUUUAACAGUAUGUGUUAAGCUACUAGACGGGACUAAUAUUAUGAUGAGUUGAGAAGAAAAACAUUUAUAUCAUUAGCAUUACGUAAGAACUAUUAUGUUAUUUAAAAUAUUGAAAUUUUGUAUCUAACAUUUAUAAUUUAUGCUCAUAACAAGAUUCAUUAUUUUACCUAGUAUUUAGUGUAUAACAUUUUAGUUAGUACUUAUGACCAAAUAUAACUUUUUCUUUUCUUUGUUACAAGUGGCCAGAUCCUUAAUUAACUCCCACCCACCACACAAAUGUAUAUAACUUUGUUUUGUUUUUUGUAAUUUUCAAACUGUAGAAUACUAUACUGUAGUCUUUUGUCAUAACUUUUUUUUCUGCACUAGUUUUAUGACUGCAAGGCAAAUGUACUAAUACUUCGUAAUUCCUAAGUUAGUUUUAGAAAAUAUUGGGUUAGUGAUGUGUUUAAUAACUGUAAAUUAAGUGUUUUGUAACUUUUAAUUUGUAAAUACUAACUUUCUCUCUAUCUCCCUCUUUUGUAACAAUUAAUUUUCCAGUGCACAGUUCACUCUGUCCAUUUCGUUAACUUAAGGAAUUGUUACCAAAAAUUGUAUCAUUUGUAUUUAUGAAAUUCGCGCACCCUUGUUUAAUUCAUUUGUAGAUUAUCACGUAGCUUAGGUAUUAUUGAGGCGACUUGGCGUGCACCGGGGACACCCUCACUCGAACACCUCCGCUCAAGGAGGUCGCACGUUCUUGUAAUGAGGUUAAAGAUUAUUAUACGAGUUUUAUUGUAAACCCAAUAUUAUAUGUAGUGACUUGAUUAUGGUUGUAGUUUUGAACACGGCUUAUAUUUUAUAGAGGCAUAUAUUGUUUGUAACGUGCGUGCGCGCGCGCAGCGGGCCGCGGCCGGCCGCUCUGAUUGGUCAACAGUCGCAGCCCACCGCUGUGAUUGGUCGACAUUCGGCAACGGUCGGUUGUCGUCCCGGUUCGCUCUCGCCCCAACAUUAUAUUUUAGAAUGUUAAAGUUUGACAUUUUACAUUAUCCCACGACAAUAACAUUUGUGUAUUUAUGUUGUUUUUGUUACCAUGUUUUCCAACCUGGGCAUUUGCUGUCUUCCAUUUAUUUUCGUGUGUUUUUCACUUUGUUGUGUAUAGAGUGUCACUUUUCUGUGUCUUAACUAUUUCCGUUUUGGAAGAAAUGCGUCUGCAUACAAGCAAAUUAUGGCUCUAAUUUUUAGCGGCCUAUAGUUUCCAUCGAUCGAGCUUUUCGCCUGGAUUGUAAAAACCGUCAUGUUCUUAAUUUAAAAUAUCGAAUUGCUCAAUGUUCUAGUUGCGUUAAAUUAAAGAUGAUGUAAUACCAAAUGCGUUUACUUUGUACGCUUCUGGGGCCGACAUGAUGGUAGGUACCUAUGGCUAUAAUUAUAAUUAAUUUGUGUUACUACUCACUCUCCCCUAACAUUGUCAAGUGUUGUCGUUAUAAAGUGUUGGUUUAUAUAACAAAGAUUUUAAAAUAAACUACUUAAUACAAAA